GUUUGCGCAUUAGGUACCUACUCGCACUGCACUAAGUAAGUAUACCUUUUUGGAAAAAUAUCAAUAGCGAUGAAGUAUACAAAGCUCAACAGUAUCGCUAUCUUCGAACGCGCAUGCGUGGUUGUAGGAUGGAUGGUGAAACGUCUAGCAAAAUCAUUACGGUGCAUAACAUUCAGAAUAGAAACAGUGCCAUAAUAAUAAUUAUGCUCUUAAAAAUUAAAACAUGACGCAAACAAUUGACGACAACUUUGAACGUUGCUGCCGGCUCUGUGCCGAAGAACAAGAUGUUACUAUAAUGAUAUUCAGUAAAGAAGCCGAAGCAAUGCUUCUACAAAACAAGCUCAACAAAUAUUUAUUAAUUGAGGUGGAUGAAGACGACAAGUUGCCCAAAAACAUUUGUAUUAAGUGCUGCACAAAAUUACAAUCAGUUUGUGAUUUUAUUGAUACAGCGCGGAAGGCUCAGGAAGUGCUCCUACAACGUAGUUUUGUGAUAGAUCGGAUCAUAACAGAAAAAUGCAUGAUAUCUUUAGCAACAGAUGAAAAGUUUGAAUCGGAAGAAAGUGUCGAUAAUGAUAAAUUUACUGAAAUGGAAGUGAGUGUUGAUCCAAUGAUGGUUCUGCAAAAUUCUGCAUCAACUUUCUCACCCAAUUAUGAGCAAAGCCCCUCAGUGGAAGACGUAACCUAUCUACAUGGAUUGGAUACAGAAAAUGUCACUAUAAAAUUAAUCAAAAAGGGAGGUUCGCAUUCUGAUUCAGAAGAUGAAAAGGAAAAGGACAGCAAUCAACCAACUUCUAAUGAGAGUGGUGAUGAUGAUGAAAAAUUUGUAAAGCCCUUCCAAUGCACAUCAUGUGACCGUAGCUUCUGCACAGACUUGGCUUUAAAAAAUCAUGUCUGGAUUCACAUUCCUGAAAACAAAGAUGAGAGACACUACAAUUGCCACACAUGUUCAGAGGGCUUUUUUUAUAAGUAUGAUUUAAUCUCACAUUUGAAGAAGCAUCGAACAAAUGGUGUAUGUCAGCUCUGUGGAAGAAUGUUCCGAUCAGAAAGGACUUAUGUUGCUCACAUGUCAGUACAUUUACCAUCAAGCAAGUCAUAUACUUGCAAGGUAUGUGGGCGCUCAUACAACACAUGGGGAGGCCUAAAAACGCAUAGUGUCACUCAUAGUAGCGACAGACCUUACUCAUGUGAAAUUUGUAUGAAGACUUUCAAAAGAAACCAGGAUUUAAAAUUCCAUGUAAACCAGCACACGGGAGCAAAACCAUACAAAUGUCCAUUCUGUGACAAAUGCUUUGCAAGUUCAGGGAAUUGUUACUCUCACAGAAAUAGGAUGCAUCCUGGGGAGAAACAUGAAGGGAGCACUAAGAGAAUAGUGCCUGCAGCUGCUGGAAUGCCUGCACUUCGCCCGAUUGCUCCAAAACCUGACCCCCCUGAGGAACCUACGGAUAGCAAUCUCACUAUUGUAAAUGGUGUUAAAAAAUAUAAAUGCCACUUAUGUGAUCAUAGUUUUGUGAAGAAAGAAAAUUUCAAUUACCACAUGUACCAACACACGGGAGAAAAACCUUUCAAAUGUACGUUUUGUUCGGAAAAAUUCGUGACCAGAAGAGGAUUACUCAUCCAUCAUGAUAAUAAACAUCACGGCAAGAAUCGUCCACUGGGUGUCAAUAUAAAAACUGUAUUUAUCGACGUUCACGAAUAAUAUUGACUUAAAGAUUUUGAGCGUUUU